GUUCAUUGGGCGUUCUUCUGUGCACAGACAGAUGUUUUGAGCAGAACUCUCACAGAGUGAGCUCUGCAGACUCUCACCACCAUCACCAUGAUCACAUUUCUCCUGUGUGCCGUUUUUACGCUGCUGGCGAUUUUGCCCUUAGUGCUUUACGCCAGAAACCGCUACUUUAUCGACGAUCUGAGGCAAGCGUUCACGAUGCUGCGUAUCGGCAAGCGUCUCGUCAGUUACAAGAAGCAGAAACCGCUGUACACCAUCGUGGACCGUUUCCUGGACAAAGUCACGGAGCAUCCGCACAAGACGUUCAUCGUGUUCGAGGGGAGCCGCUUCACGUACAGUCAGGCCGAUAAGGAGAGCAACAGAGUGGCCCGGGCUCUGCAGGCGGCACACGGCGGCUUGGAGGAGGGAGCCACCGUGGCCUUGUUCUUUGGGAACGAGCCCGACUUUGUGUGGACCUGGCUCGCGCUCCUUAAACUGGGCUGCACCGUGUCUCUGCUCAACAGCAACAUCAGAACCAAGUCACUGCUGCACUGUUUCUCCUGCUGUGCGGCCAAAGUGCUGGUGGCUGCUGCAGACUUACGAGCAGCCAUAGAGGAGGUGUUGCCCACUUUACAGGAGCAGGGCGUCCGUGUGUUUCUCUUCAGCGAGGACUGCGGCGUGAAGGGCAUCGAAAGUCUCUCUGAUAAAAUUCAACAGGCCUCAGACCAGCCUCUGUCCCCUCAGCUGAGGUCCAACAUUAACAUGAAGAGUCCCGCAUUAUACAUUUACACCUCAGGAACCACAGGACUUCCCAAGGCAGCGACAAUCAACCACGAGAGACUAUGGCAAUCGAGUUUCAUGCACGCCAUUUCUGGCGUACGCUCAGAUGAUAUUAUCUAUCUAUACCUGCCUCUUUACCACAGUUCGGGCAUGCUAAUGGGACUUUGUGGAGCCAUAAAUGAAGGCAUCACUAUUAUUUUAAGACGUAAAUUCUCUGCCUCUAACUACUGGAAUGACUGUAGAAAACACAACGUGACAGUCAUUCAGUACAUAGGAGAAAUUAUGCGCUACCUCUGUAACUCACCACAGCGAGACAAUGACAGGGAUCACAAAGUCCGACUGGCUAUCGGGAACGGGGUCAGAGCCGACACCUGGGCCGAAUUCCUGCAUCGAUUCGGGGACAUUAAAAUCUGCGAAUGCUACGGAGCGACCGAGGGGAACAUCGGUUUUGUCAACUACAUUGGGAAAAUUGGAGCCGUUGGGAAAGAGAAUUUUCUACAUAAAAUGACCUUUUCGUAUGCCCUCGUAAUGUAUGAUACGGAGAAAGAGGAGCCAGUCAGAGACUCCAGAGGAUUUUGUAUUAAAGUCCCCAGCGGAGAGACGGGGUUACUCGUGGUCAAGAUCGGAGAAAGAACACCUUUCACAGGUUAUGCCAAGAACAAGCAGCAGACAGAGAAGAAGAAGCUGAGAGACGUGUUUGUGAAAGGAGAUCUCUACUUCAACAGCGGCGACCUCCUCAGGAUCGACAACGAAGGAUUUGUCUUCUUUCAAGACCGCAUCGGAGACACGUUCAGGUGGAAAGGAGAAAACGUGGCGACCACAGAGGUGGCUGAUCUUUUGCUCAUGAUGGACUGUAUUGAGGAGGCCAAUGUCUAUGGUGUGAAAGUGCCUGGACACGAGGGGAGAAUUGGAAUGGCGUCAGUGAUGCUGAAGGAAAACAUGGACUUUGACGGCAAAGCCAUACAUCAACAUGUCAAAGACUACCUGCCCAGCUACGCACGGCCACGCUUCAUUCGCAUACAGCACGAUCUGGAAGUGACUGGGACUUUUAAGCAGAAGAAGGUGAAGUUGACAGAGGAAGGCUUCAACCCCGGCGCCAUUAAAGACCCGUUGUUCUUUUUGGAGGACAAAGAAGGCUACGUGCCCAUGACUCAGGAGCUUUAUAACGCCAUCGCAGACGGAAUCUUGAGACUGUAACGACCGAGGAAUCACACUAAAAGCAGGAUCAGCUGGAUCUGCGCCAGAUUUGUGAGGUUACUGAAUCUAUGUGAUGGUCAUCUUGACACGUUAACAUCACCCAAGGUACAGUGUGGAAUAAAGCCAGAGGGUGGCAGCAUGUUCACGAUGAACAUGAUGGCAGCACAUACCUCAAACAUGUCCAUUAUCCUUGCCUGUUGCAUAGGAUACGGUCAUUAUUCAGGAAAACUAUGUAUCGUGAUGCGAGGUGUUUAGGCCCUAGCACAUAUUCCAGAGGAUCUAAGCUUCAUUUCUUAAAUAAUACACAUAAAAACAAUACUCCAUGUCCAUGUUGUUUGAAAGAAAUUUUAAUAAAGACUUGAAAAACA